AAUCUAAGGAAUAAUUUGUUAUCUCGCAUUAAAAAUCUGGUAAUAAAAACAAAUAGAAUUUUUGGGGGACAAAAGAUUCAUACUUUAAAAAAUUCUCCACAAGUAGAAUGUUCAGAGGGUACAAGUGAAGAUGUUAUACCAGAAGAAGAUUAA